GGGUUCUGUGAUUCUGUGAACCUCAAUAAAACAGCUUCAAACGAAUCUCCAUGGCAGGAAUGAAACGACUAGGCCAGUCGGAUUCGAACCUCGACACAAACGAUUCGGCUUUCUGCAGUAAGAGAAUAAUGGCAGCAUCCCCUUUUGAUGAUCGCAGGGCAGAACCAUCUCAGCAGCAUCCAAUGGCAGAACGCCAAUUGGAUGCUCACCGAGCAGCAUCAGCUCAGCAGCAUGUGAGAGCUCUCAAUACCCAGUUCGCCAGUUGGGUGCAGUCUCAGAUGCAAGAUCACCCAAAUGAGCUUUGGGGAGAUGGUUUACAAGAUUACUUGACUUAUGCAUCACAAAUUAGGGAGAAGUUCCAUGAUGUUGUUAAUUGGCUUAAAGCAAAUGCUGCCAAAGCAGAAAGUGUAUCCAUAGCUUCACACAACUCUGAGAAAAAAGCAGUACCUGAAGUUAAGAGUGAUGCAAUUAAACCACUACAUGAGAAAAGUGUAUUUGGUUUAGCAGGUUCAACUUCAAGCUUUACAAGUUCAUGGAACUCUACUUUACUAUCCAACAAUCAGUCUCCAGUCCUAUUCGGGUUUCAAACUUCAGUUCCAUCAAACCAUGAAGCUACAGAUGAUGCAGAUGGUGAAAAUGAUAUAGAGCAGCCAAGCAGUCCAUCUGUGAAGAAGACUGAGGAGAAGGGUACUGUUGCUGUACAUGAAGUCAAAUGCAAACUAUUUGUAAAGUCAAUUGAUCCUUUAGAUAAAGAUGCUUGGAAAGAUAAAGGCAUGGGUUAUCUUUCCAUUAAAUGCAAAGAGGGUGCAAGCAAAGCUACGAAAGAAUCCAAACCGACUAUUGUUGUUCGGAAUGAUGUUGGCAGGGUGGUGCUCAAUGCUUUAUUGUAUUCAGGCAUCAAAACAAUCUUGCAGAAGAACUCUGUUGUUGCAAUAUUCCACACUUCGGAUGAGAAUGGUGGAAACAAUGGUGGGAAUGAUGGUGUUAUAGCACGUACCUACUUAAUGAGGACGAAAACAGAGGAAGAGAGGAAUAAACUGGCAGCAGCAAUUCAAGAAUAUGCUCCAGCUUCUUGAAAUAAACAAAUUGAUAUAUUCACACUUGUCAGCUAUGAGACAGGCAAUUUCUUCCUUGGUGAUUGGUAAAUCUUUUUUAUUAUUUUUAUUCAUGCCAAUUUUGGAAAGGGGUAGCUUUUUUGAAACUGAAUGAGUCAAUCCUAUAGCUCAAACAAGUGAGGUUAUGAUCUUCGCAAGUGAAUCAUGGUAUGUAUACGAGGCUUCUGUACUUGUAUUAUAAAAUAGAGGGAAUGAAAGUAGUUGAGAAUGUAUGAUUACAAAACCAAAUGUUACAAUGGACCAUUAGUUUGCUUUGAAUCUUAGGAA